GACCUGGCCUGCACUGCAUGCCGCGCUGGCGAAUAUUCCGAGCGGCAAGGCGCCUCGGGCCCCUGUAAGAGGUGCCCCCCGGGCCAGGCGGUGGCCGACGGCGGCAACAGCGCCUGCGACGUCUGCGAGCCGGGCACCUACCAGGACGAGGAGGGGCAGCUGGCCUGCAAGGCCUGCCCUGUGGGCACCUACACCGAGAUGACCGGCAGCACCGCGCUGGAGGCUUGCCUGCCCGCCCCCAAGGGCAACUACGCCCCCGGCACCGGCAACGACGGCUUCUUCCCCUGCGAGGCCGGCACCUACCAGGAUCAGGAGGGGCAGGGAGAGUGCAAGCAGCCCUUCUGCAAGGAGUGCGGCAAGGGCAGCUACCAGGACAGGGACGGGCAGCGCGCCUGCAAGCCCUGCCCCGCCGGCAGCUACUGCCAGGCCACCAAGAUGGCUGCCCCCACGCCCUGCCCAGCCGGCAAGUAC